UUUCAUUCCGCCGCGACUCGCGGCGCCCGCUCGUGGCCGGUGCGCGCGCGGCCGCAACCGCCACCACCGCCUUCCCACUCCCGAAUAGCAGUAGUCCUCCUGCCACUUUCCUCGUCCCUGUCUUGCUUGCCAUCUCCCCCCCCCCCCCCCCCCCCCCUCCCCUCUGCUGCUCUGCACCCCGUCCGGCGCGGCCUUCCCUCCCGCGAGAGGGCGCGUCGCAGGGACGCCGGCAUCGCCGCCAACCGGGUGCCUGCCUAACCGGCCGAUUUCCUUCCUUGCAUAGCCCCCAUUCCACCGCACAAAUAGCGCGCGGCUUUCCCAAUUCCCGUCCCGUGGCCCUCUUCCGAGAUCUUUGCCACUUGGUGCGUCCUCCUGUAGCGGCUGGGGGCGAUGGAGUGGGGGGACAGGGCCAAGGCCGCCGCGGCGGCGGACGAGAGGGCCGGAGGUGGGGAGGGGCUCGGGGGGUUCGUCAAGGUGAUGACCGACGAGCAGAUGGAGGUGCUCCGCAAGCAGAUCUCCAUCUACGCCACCAUCUGCGAGCAGCUCGUCGAGAUGCACCGCACCCUCACCGAGCACCAGGACUCCAUUGCAGGAAUGAGGUUCAGUAAUAUGUACUGUGAUCCUCUAAUUAUUCCUGGAGGUCACAAGAUCACAGCAAGGCAACGAUGGCAACCUACACCGAUGCAGCUGCAGAUCCUUGAGAACAUAUUUGACCAAGGCAAUGGAACGCCAAGCAAGCAAAAGAUAAAGGAGAUAACAGCAGAGCUCUCACACCAUGGCCAGAUCUCUGAGACAAAUGUCUACAACUGGUUUCAGAACAGACGGGCACGGUCGAAGCGGAAGCAGGCUGCUGCUGCUUUACCUAAUAAUAACGCUGAAUCUGAAGCUGAAGUGGAUGAGGAGGCCCUAACCGACAAGAAGCCGAAGUCAGAUAGGCUGCUCCAUGAUGACAAGGCUAUGAGUGUUCACAAUGCUGAGCGGAUCUCAGGGAUGCACCACUUUGAUGCAGAUCAUGAUCAAAUCAGUGGCAUGAUGUAUGGAUCCAGUGAAAACAGCAUGAGAUCGUCUGGCAAUUCAGGCCAGAUGUCCUUCUACGAGAACAUCAUGUCGAAUUCAAGAAUCGACCAUUUCCCAGGGAAGAUGGAGAGCUCCCGGAGCUUCUCACAUCUCCAGCACGGGGAUGGCUUCGACAUGUUUGGAUGACAUCUCUCUGCACCGAGUUACCCUGUAAAAAGUGUUUGUUGACAGCAUUCGCCCAAUUCGCUGACAUGAAAGUUCAUCCCUGAGCGACUCUGUGUUGCUUGCCCUGGUCUGGUUUAACCAACCCCCAGAUGGAAGCUCGCUCUCGUGGCAUCGACUUGUUGGAAUAGGUGUAAGAAGUUGAUAUAUAGUAUUUGCCCGUAGUCUAUCAUACGCGCAAUUAUCUUCAUGUAAUCCCUCCACGUUUGCAAAUUUUAGCAUGAGACCGUCGUAUGCUAUGCAGCAGCUUUUUGUCGCGCUUGCCUUU